CCUCUGUUUCCUGAUUUCUUUCCAGGGCCAUUCGGCAUCCUGCAAGUGGAUAUGUUCAAGGAAUAAAUGAUCUAGCCACACCCUUUCUAGUUGUUUUCUUGUCUGAACACUUAGAAGGGGGUGUGGAUAACUGGUCAAUCUCUAAUUUAUCUCCAGAAAAAAUCUCUAACAUGGAGGCUGAUUGCUAUUGGUGUCUAUCGAAGCUGCUUGAGGGUAUGCAUGACGAUUACACAUUUGCUCAACCAGGAAUUCAGAGGCUUGUGUUUAAAUUGAAGGAUUUGGUUAGGCGGAUUGAUGAACCUGUUUCAAGACACAUGGAGGAGCAAGGGCUGGAAUUUCUGCAAUUUGCUUUCCUCUGGUUCAACUGUCUUCUAAUACGCGAGAUGCCUUUCCAUCUUGUUACUCGCCUGUGGGACACAUAUCUUGCGGAAGGAGAUGCAUUGCCAGAUUUCCUUGUAUACAUAUUUGCCAGUUUUCUUUUAACGUGGUCAGAUAAGCUUCAGAAGCUUGAUUUCUAAGAAUUGGUGAUGUUCCUUCAACACCUUCCAACACAGAACUGGACUCACCAAGAGUUGGAGAUGAUGCUUUCUAGAGCAUUUAUGUGGCACAGUAUGUUUAAGAACUUUCCCAGCCACUUAGCUAGCUAAAGAGAAAAUUGUAAUAUUCAUUAUUUUUUCUCAGUUUGGAAUUUUUAUUUUAAUUUUUUUUUCUCUUGCUCCAGUGGAGGAAACCAGCCCGUGUUCUCAUAUGAAUUGUGGCUUGUAAUAUCUGUAUUAUUAGGCGUUUCUUUUUAGAUUUUCUUUGACCAGAGGAGAACAUGGAAAAGAAAAAUUAAAAAUAAAAAAGUACUUUCUUGUACAACAAUUUUCAAUUUU